AUGGAUCUCGCCAGUCUGAGGGAGGCCGCGUCCAAUCUCACCCUCUACGAUCUCAAAGCGGGAGUGAGGAAGGUCCAAAAUGCCGUUAUGAAUUACACCGAAAUGGAGGCCAAAGUUAGAGAAGCUACGAACAACGAGCCAUGGGGCGCCAGUUCGAGUUUAAUGCAAGAAAUUGCGAAUGGGACAUACAAUUACCAGCUUCUCAACGAAAUUAUGCCCAUGAUAUAUAAGCGUUUUACGGAGAAAGCGGCCGAGGAAUGGAGACAAAUCUACAAGGCUUUACAACUACUUGAGUUCUUGAUCAAGAAUGGCUCUGAACGUGUCAUUGAUGAUGCUCGAUCACAUCUUACACUGCUAAAGAUGCUGAGACAAUUCCACUUCAUUGAUGCCAAUGGUAAAGAUCAAGGUGUCAAUGUACGAAACAGGGCCAAGGAACUUGCAGAGCUUCUGUCUGAUGUCGACAAAAUCCGCGCGGAAAGGAAGAAAGCCCGAGCCACUCGAAAUAAAUAUACUGGAGUUGAAGGCGGAGCCGGCUUGGGCGGUGGACUUUCGAGCAGCAGCAGAUAUGGUGGAUUCGGUAGUGAGGAGACGAGCAGCGGCGGUGGAGGAGGGUAUGGUGGAUACAGUGGUGGGGUCUAUGGCGAUGGUGGUGGAUUCGGAGGCCAGACAAGUGACUUUCAGGACUCUUCUAGCCGCGAUCAUUCAGCAACUGGACGGAGAGGAGAUAAAUUUGAGUACGAUGAAUACGACGAAGGGGCUGUCGCUGCACCAUCUCGAAGACAGGCUGAUACAGCAACAUCGUCCUCGAGCCGGCGGAAAACUACAGAACGAGCUGCAGCAAAGAAGCCAGAACCGCCAAAGAAGGAACCUGAGGUCGACCUAUUCUCUUUCGAUGACCCUAUCCCCACAUCUGCUCCCAUUGCAGCUCCAACCGCUUCGAACACAGUAGCAGACGAUGAUGAUUUUGACGACUUCCAAUCUGCCACUCCUUCUGUACAAACUUCAGCACCAUCAUUCCCAGCUGCUCCUACCGCAACCACCACUUCUACAACACAAUACGCCGCUCCUCAACCAGUAUCUGCUCCUAAAGCAGCCAAUCUGACCGAUCUCGUGGGAUUCUCAUCUAUUUCACCAGCGACCAGCACCAACCCUACACCAAUCAACUAUUCUGCUUUCUCUCCACCUGUUGUGGCUCAGCAACCACCGCGACCGACUGGCUACCAAGGUGCCCAACCGAAUUACUUCACUUCUGUUCAAGCCCCUGCAAAUCAAGGCCAGGCCAGCUCCGCUACCUCAUCCGUCAAAUCCCCAGCCGCUUCUAAGCCAGCUGCCGGCGGAGACGCCUUUGGAUCUUUAUGGUCAUCGGCAAGCGCUGGCAUCAAGAAGACUAGCACUCCUACUUCGGGACCUGCACUUGGUCAACUUGCGAAGGAAAAGGCCAGUGCUGGUAUUUGGGGUGCUGGAUCUUCUACUAGCUCAACCACCAUGGCACAGCAACAGAGACCAGCGCAGGCACAACAAUCAUUGGGGAAUGGACUCGACGAUUUACUGGGAUGA